AUGGUCAACUUCACUGUGAUCACCGAAUUCCUUCUCAUGGAGUAUUCCAAUAUACGGAAGAUGCAAGUUUUACAUGCUGUGCUGUUCCUCAUCAUUUACCUCAUAGCCCUGCUGUGGAAUCUUCUCACCAUCACUGCCAUUGCCACUGACCCACACCUUCACUCUCCAAUGUACUUUUUUCUGAGUAAUUUAUCCCUGUUGGAUGUUGGCUUCAUCUCAGUGACACUUCCUAAAUUCAUUGUGAAUUCCCUGACUGGAAUACGAUCCAUCUCCCUAUUGGGCUGCAUGGCCCAGAUUUUUCUCUUUAUCUUCUUUGGAUCAACAGAGGUUGCUUUGCUCAUAGCCAUGUCUUAUGACCGAUUUGUUGCCAUCUGCCAUCCACUACAUUAUGGGAUGACCAUGACACCAGCCAGGUGUCUUUGGGCAACAGCAGGCUCAUGGGUCAGUGGAUUUAUCUAUGCCACUAUACACACAGGGAACAUAUUCCGGUUACCCUUCUCAGGAUCGAAUGAAAUCCACCAGUAUUUCUGUGAUAUUCCUAAUGUCUUAAAAGUUGCAUCAUCUGACGUUUUGAAUACCGAGUUUGUUCUGCUUGUGGCAGGGUCAGGUUUUUCUUUAUUCUGCUUGGCUUUUUUGUUUGUGUCCUAUGCUUAUAUUUUCUCUAGUGUGUUCAAGAUACCCUCUGUUGAAGGUCGGUAUAAAGCUUUAUCUACCUGUAUGCCCCAGUUGAUUAUUUUCCUCUUAUUUCUCCUUUCUGCAAUUAUUGCAGCCCUGAAGCCCCCAUCAGAUUCAAAAGUUCAAAAUCUUCUUGUUGCAAUGUCCUAUACAAUAGUUCCUCCAUUCAUUAACCCCAUUAUUUAUAGCCUGAGGAACCAUAGGAUCAAGGUUGCAUUGAGUAGAAUGAUCAAGCAGGUCUUUCUACCAAAGAAAAAUAUGUCCAUCCUUGAGUAA